AUGGUGAAUCUGGAGUCUGUGCACACAGCUGUCCCUGAAGAAGGUUCUGACCCCAGGCGUGGUGGCAGCUGUCACUUUAAGGCACUCAAGAUGAGUGGCAAUGUGGCAGACUCCACAGAAGCACGCAAUGAACCCGACCAAGUGGAACCAGGAAAUGAACGAAAUGGGCUGGACUUUAACAGACAGAUUAAAACAGAAGACCUCAGUGAUUCCUUGCAAUCUCCGGUACAGCCCAGAUCAGGCCACCUAGGACAAGGAUCAUCAAUGAUGCCUGGAAGCCAAAUCGCCGGGGAUAUGAGUUCUCUUCACACCCUGCAGCAGCUUGUACUGGUGCCCGGUCCUAUGCAAUCAGUUCCUCAGUUCCUGCUCUCUCAGGCCCAGGCUGGGCAACAAGCUCUGCAGCCAAACAUUCUCUCCUUUCCCCAGCAACAGAGCAGCCUCAUCCUCUCGCAGCCUGGACCCAGCCUAGCAUCACAGGCAGUGGGACGUUCAGGGCUCCCUGGGCCUUCUUUAGAGCCCCAUCUGGAGGUGCCACAGCACUUGCAAGUUGCAAAACACAUGCCGUCUUCGGCCGUAUCAGACGAACCCAGCGACCUGGAGGAGCUGGAGAAGUUUGCUAAGACUUUCAAGCAGAGGCGAAUCAAACUGGGGUUCACCCAGGGCGACGUGGGACUGGCCAUGGGUAAGCUGUACGGCAACGAUUUCAGCCAGACCACCAUCUCCCGCUUCGAGGCUCUCAACCUGAGCUUUAAAAACAUGUGCAAGCUCAAGCCCCUGCUGGAGAAGUGGCUGAGCGAUGCAGAAUCCACUCCUUUGGACUCCUCCGUGAGUACCCCUAAUUCCUACCCUUCGGUGAGCGAGAUGUUCGGGCGGAAGAGAAAGAAACGCACCAGCAUCGAGACCAACAUUCGUUCCACGCUGGAGAAGAGAUUUCAAGAUAACCCCAAGCCCAGCUCAGAGGAGAUCUCCAUGAUAGCAGAGCAGCUCUCCAUGGAAAAGGAAGUGGUUCGGGUUUGGUUCUGUAACCGGCGCCAGAAGGAGAAGCGGAUCAGCUGUCCAGUGCCAUCCCCCAUAAAAUCACCCAUCUACAACUCCAGACUGGUCUCUACCUCAGGCUCCCUGGGCCCCCUCUCAGUCAAUCCGAUCCACGGCACCAUGCCUGGGACAGUAACAUCGUCGUGUUCCCCUGGGAACACCAGCAGGCCCUCAUCCCCCAGUACAGGGCUCCAUGCCAGCAGCCCCAGCGCAUCCCAGAGCAACUCCAAAGCCACAAUGAACUCGUCCAACUUCAAUCCUUCUGGAACUUGGUACCGAUGGAAUCAACCCACUUACCUCCACUGA